AUGCGUCAAGUAAUCCGCAAUCCCCAUAGUACAUACCGAGACUGUGUCAAGUAAGCCGCAACGCCCAUAGUACAUACCGAGACUGCGUCACAGCCGCAACCGGCAUAGUACAUACCGAGACUGCGUCAGUGCCGCAAUCCCCAUAGUACAUACCGAUACUGCGUCACAGCCGCAACCCCCAUAGUACAUACCGAGACUGCGUCACUGCCGCAAUCCCCAUAGUACAUACCGAGACUGCGUCACAGCUGCAAUCCCCAUAGUACAUACCGAGACUGCGUCACUGCCGCAAUCCCCAUAGUACAUACCGAGACUGCGUCAAGUAAGCCGCAAUCCCCAUAGUACAUACCGAGACUGCGUCACAGCCGCAAUCCCCAUAGUACAUACCGAGACUGCGUCACUGCCGCAAUCCCCAUAGUACAUACCGAGACUGCGUCAAGUAAGCCGCAACCGCAAUAGUACAUACCGAGACUGCGUCAAGUAAGCCGCAACCCCUAUAGUACAUACCGAGACUGCGUCACAGCCGCAACCCCCAUGGUACAUACCGAGACUGCGUCACAGACGCAACCCCCAUGGUACAUACCGAGACUGCGUCACAGACGCAACCCCCAUAGUACAUACCGAGACUGCGUCACAGACGCAACCCCUACUAAUACGUCAAGUAAGGGGCAAUUCUCAUAGUAAAUUACUAAUACUGCGUCAAGUAAGGGGCAUUUAUAGUACAUUUACUAAAACUGCGUCAAGUAAGGGGCAAUUAUUAUAGUAAAUUACUAAUACUGCGUCAAGUAAGGGGCAAUUAUUAUAGUAAAUUAUUAAUACUGCGUCAAGGGGCAAUUAUUAUAGUAAAUUACUAAUACUGCGUCAAGUAAGGGGCAAUUAUUGAGAGAUUAACCUUCUGUUGGGUGGGGUGCAGAGAUCUGUCACUGGAGAGGUGAGAGAUCUACUAUCGGUCACGGAGGAAGGUUGAGGGGUCUAUUUGUCGCGGGGGAGGGUUGAGGGGUCUGCUAUCUGUCAUGGGAAGGGGAGGUGGUUGGAUUUAUUUUUUUCUUCAUUCUAGUCAGCAUACUUGAUAUCUCCUAGGUAAUUGCCCCAUCAAUACAUUUGUUCUCAUACUUUACUAUGGUUAAAAUCGAGGCUAUGUUUAUUUGAUUGUGCCUCGUAGUCUUCGCUUAUUAUAUUUACUUGCACAAUAAACAUAGUAACAGAACCCUAAGCUAGUAAUGUCAAACUGUACUCUUUAUAGUUGUUGGUUAAUCAUAUAUUUAUAGCAUAUUAUGGGAGAUGUAGAUCAAAAGCAUUUAAGGGAUUGCAGUGUGACACUUUAGAUGGUGCAUGUUUGUACUGAUGGGGAUUUUUACCACAGUACCUGUUUAAAUGCCAAGCUGACGUGAUUUCUCAUCCCCCCCCUCUCAUAGAGUUAAAUGGGAUGAAAGUUAUCUGGAAGAUGCACCUAAAUCAGGAACUAUAUUUGUAUCGCCAUCAAAAAAAACGAAGAAAAGACACUGUCCAAGAUCGGAGGACGAUGAAGACGCUGUAGGAAUAAAACCAAAAAAACUGAAGGCUGACUCUCAACAAAUCCUCAAAGUUGUGAGUGAUCCAGAGUCGGUUAAAAAAACAAAACGGAAGAAAAGCAGGAGGGAUGUCUCCUCGGACAUCCAUUCAGACGAAUCUGCAGAAGAAGCAAAAAAAUCACAGAAGGAAAAAGUCAAGAAGAAAACAAAAACAUUGGAUGUUCCUAAGGCACCAACCGCAGUGAACGAGACCAAGAAAACGCUUAAAUCUAAGAAGGCUAAAAACAUGUGUGAUGAUUCCUUAACGCCGUCUUCAAAGCACAUUCAAGAGACAUUGAGACCUGAUAAGAACCAUAAUAAAGCUAACACUAGUGUCCAAGGGGCAAAGACUGUAUUUACCAUUACUGAAACUUUAACGUCUUCUGAAAAGGCCAAGAAAAAAGCGUCUUCAUCUUCUAGCUCAGACACAGACUCUAGUAAAGUUUUGGUUACCAAUGAUCAUGGUAGCAAAAGUACAGAGACAAUUAGCCCUCAACCUCUGAAAAGCUCAUCUGUAGAUUUGCAGAGGAAAGAUGAUGCUGAGAGCUCUGACUCUGAUACCUUCGUCAUCAAAAAAACAAUUGCUGCUACAAAUUCCUCAGUUUCUCAUCCACUACAUAUACCUAACGGAAACGCUCCCGUACCUGUAGGUGUGCAGCAGGGACCAUUACCCAAAUCCUGUGCCAUAGGACGUGGCUUGGGACGUGGAAGAGGAGACUUUCCAUGGAGGGGGCAUGGCGGUCGUGGGUUUAGAAUGAGAGGAGUGCAUGGAAACCCUGGAAGAGGGAGAGACAAUGAAAAUUUCUUUAAAAGUUACGAUAAAGAGACACUGAAACAGCAGCAGCUGAAUGAGCCGGUAACAAAUAGGUCCUUUGUCAUCCAGGUAAGGGCCCGAUAUGUUUUCAGAGAACAGAGCAGAGGUUACACUACCUUACACUACUACUGGAAAACAUUCAGUCCACUUUUGGAAGUUUAGUGAGAUUAAUUUGGCUCAAUUCUCAUAGCAUUCGGUUGUUAGUAAUUAGAGCAAACCACAGAGGUAUUAUAACAGAGUGCCGGAGAAUUGAGCUGAAUGAUGUAAGCAUUUAGUAAAUAGACCCCUGUGGCCUUUGCGAGGACUGACCCACAAUAAAAAUGUCCUAGACCAUAGGUCUAGGGUGAACUAAUUUGUGUUGUGGCCACGUGGCACUUCAGAUUUCUGGGAAGCAAAUGUACUAAGGUCAAAAAUCUAUUUAUGGGUCAGUCCUUCCUAGAACAAAAUCCUACUUUCCAUCUACAAUUGUUACCAUGCAGAGGAUUUAGUUAAAGGGUUCUUUGCAAAUUAAUACGAUAAAUGACCUAACUCUUGUCCUUCAAGGGACCUUUAAAACGUCAAACUUUAUUGUGAUUUUAAGAAAUAGAUUUUACUUCUGAGCACAGUUACUCAUUAAUUUUUAUUUUUUAUUUUUAGAAUCCACCAGAUAUUCCCAAAAGAGAUUACAAUACACUUCCUCUGCUUGCUGCGCCUCCACAAACUGGUACACGUAUUGCUUUUAAAGUAAGUAUUAUUGAUGUGAAUAUUUUGGUCCUUGUGCAGAUAUUAGUAAUAUUGGACCAGCCAGUCUGCUAAGUUGUUAGGGCAACGUGUGUAGGAGGUCACAUUCUUUAAUUCAUCUUUAGAAAUCUCAGUUUUGCUCAACUUUAGACUUAACUCAUUGACUGGCUAAGAGUGUUUGUGAACCCUGGAUAAUCUCUUAAAAUGCUGACUGUUGAGGAAGUGCCACAGGCGAUCAGUGAAAGACAACGAUUGAGCUCUUCCUUGCUGCAGUGAAGCUAGAUGACGAUAUAACAACCUGACCAUAUGGCAGACAGUACCAAGCUCCAGGUCCCGUUUCUUUGUCCUAACUCGUUAUAUUUAACCAGCCUGCUUUAACCCUUUGAGAAUCAGAGGAUCGUCAAAUACUUUUACUACAUAACGAGCCUGACGCAUCGUAUAAAAAUGAUUACAAUUGUACAAAAAUCGUGUACAAUAAAUGAAACAAAAAACACGCAAUACUAUUUAGUCAGUGGUCAAAGAUAAAAUAUGUGUAUACAUUAUGCCAGACUGAAGAAUCAUGUAGCUGGUGCCUCUGUAUAAUUGCAGCAAAAAAAUCGUAUCAAAGUGGGGUAGUUGCAACAAAAUAUCAUCUAUCCUAGACCAUGAAAUAAGCCUUUAGUAGAAUGGCAUACACGCCACGGAUUUUCAUUUGCCAAUGGCUAGUGGGUGAGUGGACAUUUUGAGCACUUGUUCAUAUACACAUAUUCAAAGUUCCAUCAUUUUUGUGUUUUACUAUUGCCCUUUAAAUUCUCUUGAAAUGUUAUGUUUCUUUCGUAGCUCCUUGAAUUGACAGAAAACUACACUCCCGAAGUUUCAGAUUACAAGGUAUUUUGUCUGAAAUGUAACCCAGCUGUAAGCCAAGUCUGUGAACCUCCAAUAUUCUCACACACACGUUCGUUCCCUAAUGAACACUGAAAAGGUUUUAUUAUAACAUUUAGAGGGUGCUUUUUAAAUAUUACUACUUAGUAAUAAGUUAUUUUGCUUAACAUGGGGAAAAUACCUUUUUGUGUAAAUUUAAGUUUAAAUGGUUAUUCCAAUCAAAACCGUGUUUCAGAAAUCUCUUCCUAUGCUGGUGGCACCAAUUUAAAAAAUAAAAAUAAAAAGCUAAACUUUACCUCCAUGUCAGUGCCAAGACGAACUACUUAAUGCAGCCCAAUCCUCCCUCUGGUGACAUCCGUGCCCCCCUCUGCCAGGAGAUGACAGGCUGAGGGAGGAACAUGGCCCGUUUUGUAGGGGAGGUUGUGCCACUCUAUAGGAUGCCAGUCAUGCCAGCGGCAGAAGUUCAUUAGGGACAGAACUGACAUAGGCAUCACGGAACCCUUGUUCUGGGCUGGCUAAUGACACUGCCAGAGGUGGUGUUACACCUCUGGGAGCAAAGGGGUUAAACUCCUGUAUGUCCACCGUUUUCUAGCAAAACUUCGACUCCAGUCACCAUGACCACUUCAAAUCACUGAAGUAGUCACGGUGCUUUGAAUAACCUUUAAAAUGCAAGCUCUUAACGAACAAAAUGUAGUGUAUACUGCUUUACAACAACGGUGGGAACAAAUAAAGGGCAAUAUAUUGUGUUAUUGAGACAUGCAUCAAACCCUGUUGUAAUGCCAUGCAUGGCACAGACAGUCUUGGCUAGUUCCCUUCCAAGCCUUUUUAAAAUGGAGUCUUUGCUGUAAAAGAACCAAUGUACGUAUUCACGCAUCAUUAAAUUGUAAUGAACUGGAAACUGAAUGGUAGAAUUAAAGUUCUAAUGGUCAAGCUAUGACUGUAGCGGUGUUGGAUAAUUUUUAAAAAUAUUUCUUCUAACUUAAAAAUUUAUUUAUUUAUUUUUCUCGCUACACUUCAGUAAUUCUUAAUUAAUCUACAAGUGUAUUUGAUCAAGGGGCCAUAUAGAUAACAUUUAUUUAUCAAAUAUUUUACCAGAGAGGAUACCUUGAUAUUUCUCUUGUUUUCAUGUAUGUCCUGGGCCAACAUGCUAUGUUUGCUGAUGAGUUAUGAGAUAUAUAUGUUCUAUUAUAAAAUAUAGUGUAAUUCAGUACUGAAGAAUAAAAAAAAAAGUUUAAUACACAUGUAUUGAUGUAUGUUUGUAAAUUUAGGAAGGAAAACUCCUGAAUUACAAUCCUUUAACACAAGAGCUAGAAGUGGAAAUUCUUUCACGUCAGACAAGUAAGUGUCGGCUGUCGGUUGAAGUGAGAUUACUGGGGCGUGGUCUACACAUCACAAGACUUUCAUUAAGCUGAAGUGGUUUUGGUGUUUAGCCUUAUCCUUUCAAUGUAUUUUCAUCUGAAUCUACCUACAUUUAGUUUUAAAUUGUAAUCUUGUCUGUUCACACCCAUUAAGACACUUUUUUUUUUUUUUUCUGAAUAUAAUUUGUUCUAAUUAAAGCUAUUUUUAAAAAAUGAUAUAUUUUAGGAGAGAAGGAACCUGGGAAAUUUGACCUUGUGUAUCAGACCGAGGAUGGAACAGACAUUGUAGAAUAUGCAGUAACUCAGGAAAGUAAGGUGGGUCACGUAAAGAUCUGUAAGAAAUAGUCUGUUAUAAAACCCUAGCUAAUUCAGAACCAAAAGACAAUUAAGGUAGGUCAGAAAGCAAGGUAAGUUGCAUAUAGCGCUAUAAAGAGAUCUGUUUUUGAUCAUGUACAGUUUGGCAGCCUUUUCUCUCGGCUUCCAUCACAUGUGCAGUUUUUUGAGAAAAUAUAUUUGAGUACUUUUGAGUCUCCUUGAUUUUCAUCCUUUGAAUUAACACAUUAAGGUUUUGCUGUAUUGAUGUUGGUUUCUUACAUUCACAUGUAUUUGUUUUGUGUUAAUGUCGACUAUUUAAUGAAAACUUUAUCGUCACUGAUUUUCAUUUCAGAUCACAGAGAAGUGGAGCUCGUUGAUUGAGCCGAGACUUAUUGUGGAAUAUUCACCCGAAGGGCCUUGA